GAAAGAGAGAGAGAGAGAGAGAGAUAGAGAGAGAGAGAGAGAGAGAGAGAGAGAGAGCCACGCGUGGACUUGUAUGCUCCUGCGAGAAGAGCCUCCAAGCAUGAGCGCGGCACAGGUCUACGAGAAGAAGUUCGCCUGCACUUUGACCGACCUCCCGGGAUCUAUGAGCUGCCAUCCGACCUCCAAGGACUCCCCGACUCUGCCCGAGUCCUCGGUGACGGACAUGGACUACUACAGCGCGGGGGGACAGACGGCGCACCACGGCCACCACCACCACCACGAAUACUACCAGGGCCAAACCUACGGACAGGCCAUGAACUCUUAUCACCACCAGUUUAACCUGGGCGCCAUGGGAGCUGCUGGGAUGUAUGCUACGAAAUCAGAGUAUCCUUACACGAACAACUACAGACAAUAUGGACAUUACAGCAGAGAUCACCUGCAGGCGUCGCCUCCCCACUCAGUAAAAGAGGAACCAGAGCCAGAGGUUCGCAUGGUGAAUGGCAAGCCCAAAAAGAUCCGCAAGCCCAGGACUAUCUACUCCAGCUACCAGCUGGCUGCGCUGCAAAGGCGCUUCCAGAAGGCGCAGUACCUUGCUUUGCCCGAGAGAGCCGAACUCGCGGCCCAACUCGGCCUGACCCAAACACAGGUUAAAAUUUGGUUCCAGAACCGGCGGUCCAAGUUCAAGAAGCUGUACAAAAACGGCGAGGUCCCCCUGGAUCACAGCCCCAACGCCAGCGACUCCAUGGCCUGCAACUCUCCGCCUUCCCCCGCGGUGUGGGACAACAGCACGCCGCAAAACACCCCCCUCAGUCGGCCUCCAGCGCCGCCACCGACGCACAGCUCGUCGCCGCCUUACAUGGACGAUUACAACAACCACUGGUACCAGCAGGGAUCCCACCUACAGCACCACCCGGCACCGCCACAGAGCGUGGGGGCUGUUUAUUAACAAGAACUAUUUUUUUUUUUUUUUUUUUUUUUUUAUCAAAUCGAGGUCUGUCCACAGUGACGUUGAAAAGGUUCGAACAAGGCCUGACGGGAUCCAGACCAGAACUGUUUUUCCAUAAGGGAUAUUUAAAGGACUUAUCUGGCGGGGUUUCUUUUUAAUUAUUAUUAUUAUUAUUAUUAUUAUUAUUUAUCUGCUCUGUUGUAUUGCCUUCUUUUUGUAAAUUUUGUAAAAAAAAACAAACAAAAAAAAACAACAACAAAAAAACACAAAAUGACGGUGAUUACACGCUAUACAUUUAAAUAAUAAUAAUCUAUGUUGUAGAGGAAAACUCAGGUCAUAUUUAUAGAAAACAAA